AUGGCAAGCGAAUCAAUGGGCUUGCCCCCAACCGCUGCGAACGAAGGCCUCGGUAGAGCCCAACUUGUUGCUCGCCCUGGAAAUUACAAUGUGUUGAACAAGCUACAGGACAAAAAGGACGAUGUGCCUACUGCGUUCCACCAGAGUGAAACGAAGAUAAAUGCCGCGACAUCUGAGGGCGCUGAGCCCGCUACGAACGGCGAUUCGAAAUCAUACGCCGACGCCGCCAAAGCGCCCGUCAAUGGCGUCGAACCGACAAGGAGGAGAUACCCAGCCUUGAGCAGCGAGAAGUCGCUCAGGAAUAGCGAGGCAAAUUGGAAGGCUGUUGGAAUCCGGUUCGCGCCUUUGCGUGUACCCUUGCGACGCCGUCUUCAGACGGGGGCAGUGCUCUUCCACUGCAUGUCCAUCGUCGUCUUGGUGUCCUUGUUUUGGUUCACCUGCGCCAACCCUCUCAUGUGGCCAGUUCUAAUCCCAUAUCUGUUGCAUCUGACUUUUUCCACUGCAGCUGUUGAUGGAUCAUUGUCUUAUCGCUCGGAAUACCUGCGUUCCUUGCCGCUGUGGAAGCUUUUCGCCGGAUAUUUCCCGAUUCGCCUACACAAAACUUUUGAUCUUGAUCCCCAAAGGAGAUACAUCCUCGGAUACCACCCACAUGGCAUCAUUUCACAUGGCGCUUGGUGUUCCUUCGCGACAAAUGCCCUUGGCUUCAGAGACAAGUUUCCUGGCAUCACCAACAGUAUCCUCACUCUGGACUCCAACUUUCGCAUUCCAUUCUACAGAGACUGGAUCUUGGCCAUGGGCGUUCGAUCUGUCUCAAAGGAAUCUAUUCGAAAUAUUUUAAGCAAGGGCGGUCCGAAGAAUGAUGGCCAGGGCCGGGCAGUCACCAUUGUCAUUGGAGGGGCUCGCGAGUCACUUGAGGCACAACCCGGUACCUUGCGCUUAAUUCUCAAAGGUCGCAAGGGCUUCGUCAAAAUGGCACUUCGCAGUGGCGCUGACCUUGUUCCUGUAAUUGGCUUCGGGGAGAACGAUAUCUACGACCAGCUCAGCCCCAAAGCCCACCCUCUGGUGCACAAGCUGCAGAUGUUCACUCUCAAGGUCUUCAAGUUCACUUUGCCAGCUCUACAUGGACGUGGCCUCCUUAAUUACGAUGUCGGCCUCAUGCCGUAUCGUCGACCCGUCAAUGUCGUUAUCGGCAAGCCUAUCCGUGUGAAUUCAGCCCCAGGCCAUCAGCCCACCUCAGACGAAAUUAACUAUUACCAUAAGUUAUAUCUUCAGGAGUUAGAGUACCUCUGGGAAACCUAUAAGGAUACCUUUAUUCCAGGGCGUAUAAGUGAAAUAGAGAUUAUAAGCUAA